AAACAUAGAAAUAUUAAGUGCUCAUAUUACACAUACAGGGCCUUCGUAAAAGACGUCAUGAAGAUAUCAUUCACAAAGCUUGGUCAUGAAGAAUGUGAGCAAUGUGAAAUUUUUAACCAACACAACAACGCUCAUUCAAAAAAUAACAUGGACUUGGACAAAUGUGUUACUUGCGUAAAAUGGAACAAUCAUAUUAAAAAAGCUAAAGAAGCCAGGAAGAGAUAUAAGGAAGAUGCAGAUUCUACAGAAUGGACAGCCAAGAAGAUAUGCCUAUCAGCAGACCUUCAAAAAGUAAUCAUGCUGCCUCGCAUCGAUACAUUCAAGCAGGUACUAUUUACGCAAAGAAUUGUCGUUUUUAAUGAAAGCUUUGUUGCUGUGGGAAAAAAUCAGAAACUUUUAGGUCCUACAGCCGUUAUAUGGCAUGAGGGGGUAGCUGGUCGGAAAAAAGAAAACAUUUGUAGCACAUUUUAUAAGUACUUACUCAGCCAACGAGAUGCCACAUACAUUAAGAUCUGGCUUGACAAUUGUGCUGGACAAAAUAAAAAUUGGACCUUGUUUUCCCUUUUUGUACAUAUUAUUAAUUCACCAGAAAUUUCUGCAGAAGUCAUAGAGGUUUACUAUUUUGAGCCAGGUCAUUCAUUUAUGUCAGCUGAUUGUUUCCACCACCAGGUGGAACAAUCGCUGAAUUCAUAUGGCUCGACUUAUGGAUCUGGCGGAAAAGUAUAUGACUUUAAUGACUUCCAAUCGGCAAUCGAGCAAGUUAAAAUGAAAAAUGUAAAGGUUCUAAACAUGGACAUUAGUGACUUUAAGAAUUGGAAAGAUCAUUCUUCACUGGCAAAAAUUAAAAAACAUUCACCAAGACCAUACCUUAGUAAUAUUGUUAAAGUGAAAUUUAUUCGAGGAAGUUUUAAUAUGUCAUAUUCAUACGAAUAUGAUUCGCCAUACAAGGAGCUGAAUUUUCUAACCGCUAAAUACCUGAAAAACAAAAGUGAAACAAUUUCGACACCGCUUUGCAGAGGCAUAAGUAAAACAAAAAAAGAGUCUAUUUUAAAAAAGUUAUGUCCUUUGAUGCCUUCUAAUCGGAGGCAUUUUUGGCAGGAGCUGUCAAUUUCUGAUGAUGCAGUGGACUUGUGUGAAAAUCUUGAUUAUUAAGUUGUGUUGUAGUUUCAAUAUAUGUUUUAAAACAUAAAGUUUUGCUGUAAUGUAGGUACUGUAAUAAAAUUAUCCUAUUGUACGACUUAAGUAAUUACUCACCUUCAUCAUUACCUUAAUUAAAAUUACACUAUGGGUAUUUAAAAUAUAAAGUUACGUCUUGAAGCAUCUAAUUAUAAAAUACCCCUGUAAGUAAUUUUGAGAGUUUGUUAGACGAAAAUGCCUCAAAUGUAGAUGAGGCGUUUUAAGCUUAUAUAUGCAAGUGUCUGCAGUGCCCUAUCUACAUUUUUAAUUGCAAAUGAAUAAAUAUAAACAAAAAAACCUCUAGAUAAACUCAUUUUAAAUAGAAGUUUAAAAUAAUAUCUGUUAAAACCAUAUAAUAUUGGCAACGGCUAUGCUAUGCACUGCAAAAGUUAUUCGGCCGUUACGAAAACUUUGCUUCUACGCAGAUGAGGUCUUUCUCGCU